CAGAUCACCAUGUCUCAUGAAACCAACCUCCUCAUGAGUUCUUUUAUUCUUCUCCUCCUUCUCCAAUUUUGCAUGGCCAGAGACACCAUAACCACAAUCCAAUCUCUCAAGGAUGGUCAAUUCCUAGUCUCCGGCAACGAGACCUUCGCACUCGGGUUCUUCAGCCCUGGCAAGUCCACCAACCGGUACCUUGGAAUAUGGUACAACAAUGUUUCAGAACAAACUGUGGUGUGGGUUGCAAACAGAGACAAGCCAAUCAAUGACACCGGAAACCUCGUCAUUCACGGUCCGGACAAGAAAAUCCCGGUCUGGUCGACCAAUGUGUCGGCCUCGGGGAAUGUCCUUUCAGCUCAAUUGUUGAAUUCAGGGAAUUUGGUGGUGUUUCAAGGUGAUAGUAAGGGGGCUGUCGUGUGGAAGAGUUUUGAUUAUCCUACCGACACCAUGCUUCCUUUAAUGAAACUUGGGGUGGACCGGAGAACCCAACUGAACAGGUUUCUGACAUCUUGGAAGUCACGUGAUGAUCCGGGAAUCGGAGAGUACUCGUUGAAAAUAGACCUUAUUGGGUAUCCGGAGUUUUUUUUGUAUAGGGGUUUGGUCCGGUUAUGGAGAACCGGACCGUGGAAUGGGGUUAGAUGGAGUGGGGUACCAGAGAUGGCACCCACCCUAUAUUUGAAGUCACAACAAUCUCAUGCCAAGAAGGGCAUGGUGGUGGCAAUUGUAGUGUCCUCUGUUGGAGCUUUGUUUUUUGUAAUCUGGUUACUUUCUUGGCUGGUGAUAAGGAAGAGAAAAGUAAAAAGACGACAGAACAACUUGUUAUUUAGUCCCAACAGCUCAACAUCCUUUAAAACCAUCCAAACGGGAAAUCAAUUUGAUGAAAGUGAAACAAAUGCCGAAUUACCACUUUUUGCUCUAACCACCAUUGUUGCCGCCACUGAAAAUUUUUCUUCCUCGAACAAGCUCGGUCAAGGUGGCUUUGGAACAGUGUAUAAGGGUCGGUUACAUAAUGGACAAGAAAUAGCGGUCAAAAGGCUAGCAAAAAAUUCGGGCCAAGGGGUGAAGGAAUUCAAGAAUGAAGUUACACUUAUUGCUAAACUCCAACAUAGAAAUCUAGUGAGACUAUUGGGAUGUUGCAUUCAACAAGACGAGAAAAUGUUGAUCUAUGAAUACCUACCAAAUAAAGGCUUAGACUCUUUCAUCUUUGAUAAAACAAAAGGCUCAUCUCUAGAGUGGAGAAAGCGCUUCGAGAUCAUUUUGGGAAUUGCUCGUGGGAUGGUAUACCUUCACCAAGACUCUAGACUAAGAAUAAUCCAUAGGGACCUAAAAGCAAGUAAUGUUUUACUCGAUGCUUCAAUGAACCCCAAAAUAUCAGACUUUGGUAUGGCUAAAAUAUUUGGAGCGAACCAGAUUGAAGCUAACACAAAUAGGGUGGUUGGAACAUAUGGUUAUAUGUCACCAGAGUAUGCAAUGGAAGGGCUAUUUUCAAUAAAAUCAGAUGUAUUUAGCUUUGGAGUUUUAUUAUUAGAGAUCAUUAGUGGCAGAAAGAACAACAGUUAUAAUCAAGACAAUUUUGUGAAUUUAAUUGGACAUGUAAGUAAAUCAAUGUAUUAUUAAUGGAAAAACCUACAGCUGCAAUAGAAUGGAGGAUUUUCCAUUACCUAGAAAAUUGUUGCUUGAUUAAUUACCCAAAG